ACCUCCUCAUAGAUUUUUCCUUGAAUCAUGAGAGAUGAAAUUGCAACAACAGUUUUCUUUGUCACAAGACUGGUGAAAAAACACGAUAAAUUGAGUAAACAGCAAGUAGAAAACUUUGCAGAAAAGCUGAUGACCAUCUUGUUUGAAACAUACAGAAGUCACUGGCACUCUGAUUGCCCUUCUAAAGGGCAAGCCUUCAGGUGUAUCAGGAUAAACAAUAGUCAGAAUAAAGAUCCCAUUCUACAAAGGGCUUGUGCUGAAAGUAAUGUAGACUUUUCUCACCUGGGACUUCCAAAGGAGAUGACUAUAUGGGUAGAUCCCUUUGAAGUUUGCUGUAGGUAUGGUGAGAAAAACCAUCCAUUUACAAUUGCUUCUUUCAAAGGCAGAUGGGAGGAAUGGGAACUCUCCCAACAAGUCAGUUAUGCUGUGAGUAGAGCCACACUAGACUACUCCUCUGGCAAUUCCUCCGAUGAGGAAAGUAGUAACAAAGAACCUCAGAUAAUUCCUAAAGUCAGCAAUCCAAAGAGUAUCUAUCAGGUUGAAAACUUGAAACAGCCUUUUCAAUCUUGGUUCCAAAUCACCCGCAAAAAGAAUAUGGCGAAUGGCCGUAUGGCCCUCCUAGGAAAUACUCACCAUGUGUUACAUAAGAACCUUAAGGGUCACAGGCCUGCUGCUGUACCCCGGGUGGACAGAAAUCUUUAACUCCACAUCUGGGGCUGAAUUUACAGUACCUGAUAGAAGAAGGAAUCUUGGAAGACAUUGUCUGAGGCUUCCAUGGCAGGAAGACUAGAAGCAAUCUGCAAGUUUAUUUCUGGAGCCUGAAAAGAAUAAUAAACAAAGAAACAAAA